AUGGGAGAUAGCACGCUGCCAGUGGAGAACUUCAAGUACUACAUGAUACAGGAUUAUCUCUUCCUUGUACAAUUCGCAAGGGCUACCGCUCUUGCGGCAUACAAGUCCAGCUCUCUCAAGGACAUUGAUCGAUCAGUCCAACAGGUUGUCACGUUGCAAAAGGAGAUUCAGCUCCACAUUGACUUUUGCAAAGAGUAUGGCCUCGAGGAGACUGACAUCACUGAACAGGAGGAAGAUCAAGCAACCACCGCAUACACACGCUACGUCCUCGACAUCGGGCAAUCCCAAGACUGGCUGGCCUUGCAAGUUGCUCUGCUACCUUGUCUCAUCGGCUAUGGCAUGAUUGCGAGACGGCUUUAUGAAGACCCAAAGACUGUAAGGGAGGGCAGCAGGUACUGGGCGUGGAUCGAGCAGUAUAUUGGACAGGAGUACAUGGAUGCGAUGGUACGAGGCUCAGACUUGAUCGAGGAGCAUGCGGGCAAGCAAUCACUUGCAAGAGUUGAGGAACUAGCGCGCAUAUUCAUCCAUGCGACAAACUCGCUUUUCUGCAUCUUCUACACUCUCGCAGUUGCAGAUCUCACAUCCCGCUCUCUUCACUUCUUUUUCUGUUCUUUGACACCGGUCACUACCGCAACUUCGAACAUCAUGUCUUACGGCGGCGGAGGAUACGGCGGCGGUCGCGAUGGCGGCGGCGGCGGUUACGGGUACGAACACAGCAACACAGGAAGCGGAGCGUACAACAAUUACGACUACUCAAGCCAAUACAAAUCGUACGGUGGCGGCGGCGGCGGCUACGGUGGAGGCGGCGGCGGAUACUCCGGUGGUGGAGGAGGUGGCUACGGUGGUGGUGGCUACGGCGGCGGAGGCGGUGGAUUUGGCGGUGGUCGCGAUGGCGGCGACCGCAUGUCCGCGCUCGGCCAGGGCCUGAAGACGCAGACUUGGGAUCUCGACUCCAUGCCCAAAUUCGAGAAGUCUUUCUACAAGGAGGACCCUGCAGUCACUGCGCGCACACCUGAAGAGGUCGAUGCCUACCGCAAGGAGCAUCAGAUGACCGUCCAGGGCACAAACAUUCCCAAGCCUGUCACGACGUUCGACGAGGCUGGUUUCCCAAGCUACGUUAUGAGCGAGGUCAAGGCACAGGGUUUCGAUAAGCCCACCGCCAUUCAGGCUCAGGGCUGGCCCAUGGCCUUGUCCGGUCGCGAUGUCGUCGGUGUCGCUGAGACUGGUUCCGGAAAGACCCUCACCUACUGUCUUCCAGCUAUUGUCCACAUCAACGCCCAGCCUCUUCUCGCUCCCGGCGACGGUCCCAUCGUCCUGAUCCUCGCCCCCACCCGUGAGUUGGCUGUCCAGAUUCAGCAAGAGAUCAGCAAAUUCGGAAAAUCCUCGCGCAUCCGAAACACCUGCGUUUACGGUGGUGUCCCCAAGGGUCCUCAAAUCCGCGACCUCGCUCGUGGUGUCGAAGUCUGCAUCGCUACUCCUGGUCGUCUCAUUGACAUGCUCGAGGCUGGAAAGACCAACUUGCGCCGCAUUACCUACCUUGUUCUCGACGAGGCUGACCGUAUGCUUGACAUGGGUUUCGAGCCUCAAAUCCGCAAGAUUAUCGGCCAGAUUCGCCCAGAUCGUCAGACUUGCAUGUGGUCGGCUACCUGGCCCAAGGAAGUCCGACAGCUGGCUGCCGACUACCAAAACGAUUGGAUCCAGGUCAACAUUGGUUCCAUGGAGCUGUCCGCCAACCACCGCAUUCAGCAGAUCGUUGAGGUCGUCUCAGAGUUCGAGAAGCGCGACCGCAUGGCCAAGCAUCUUGAGCAGAUCAUGAACGACAAGGCUAACAAGGUCCUGGUCUUCACAGGCACCAAACGUGUUGCUGACGAGAUUACCCGAUUCCUUCGACAAGACGGAUGGCCGGCGUUGUCCAUUCACGGCGACAAGCAACAAAAACGAGCGCGAUUGGGUCCUGAACGAGUUCAAGACCGGCAAGAGCCCCAUCAUGGGUUGCUACUGAUGUAGCAUCGCGUGGUAUUGACGUUCGUAACAUUACCCAUGUGCUGAACUAUGAUUACCCGAACAACUCGGAAGACUACGUUCACCGCAUUGGUCGUACCGGUCACCCGUCGCUGGUGCCAACGGUACCGCCAUCACCCUCUUCACUACUGAGAACUCCAAGCAGGCUCGCGACCUUGUCCAGAUCCUUACAGAGUCCAAGCAGCAGAUUGACCCUCGCCUUCAUGAGAUGGCCCGCUACGGUGGCGGCGGCGGCGGAGGUGGUCGCUGGGGAGGUGGCCGUGGCCGUGGUGGAGGUCGCGGCGGAGGCCGUGGUGGACGGACUGGCGGUAACAACGAUCCUAUCCGCAACAGCAGGUGGUAAUUCGUUUGAUUGUGUCAACACUUCUCACGAGACGCAUGAGGUCCUUUUCAACGGUGCCAACGACGCAUCCAUGUCUAGUCUCAUUUCAUACUAUUCGUUCAUUACCGCAACGGAACACCGCGCAACGCGCUGAUACCCCUGAGGACGGGCUUGCCAGACAUACCAACAAGGAUGGUAAGGCGAGCAUGCAUUUUCACUUUUUAGACUGGCAUUUCUUUUAACGAUCACAACUGGUCUCAAGCCAUUCUGCAUGAUGGAGUGGUGGCGUUACAUCUCACUCACAAAAGUCUGCUACAAUAAUACCAAUAUAGAACACACUUUCUUCAA